AGGCGUGUGGCAGCCACAAGUCCCCGCAGUCACCAGCAUGCAACAUGCUUCUCUCUUACACCUGACCCUCUCCCCCCGUUCACCCUCUCCCCGAUCAUUCACCCUCUCCCCGAUCAUUCGCCCUCUCCCCGAUCAUUCGCUCUCUCUCCCCCCCCACCCAUCAGUUCCUCUGCUGCUCCCUCUGCGCCACAGCCGUCCACCAGCUCUGCUACGGCGCCUUCCUCUGCUGCUCCCUCUGCGCCACAGCCGUCCACCAGCUCUGCUACGGCGCCGUGGGCCUUCCCCCCUUCUUGGCUGCUGUUUGAGUCAUUUUUCACCUAUUUUCCGGCCAAUCCGCCCCCUCACCGCAAUCCACCUCUCUCCACCCAUCCACCCUCUCCCUCUCUCCCCCCCCACCCAUCAGUUCCUCUGCUGCUCCCUCUGCGCCACAGCUGUCCACCAACUCUGCUACGCGACGGGAAGGCAGAGGGAGAAGGGCCGGGCAGGGAGACAGUCCAGAGCGGGCAUGGUGGUGAUGGCGGUGCUGCUGGUGCCACUGCUGGUGAUGGCGGUGCUGCUGGACAGGGCGUGCAGCUGAGCAAGCAGGCAGCAGCGAGGCGGUUCAAGUGGCGCUGUGUGCCGUGCCAUCUCUACGCCCGAGCAUGCAGCAGCGGCGGCGGCGCUGCUGCUGCAAACACCUGCUCCCAGCCGCCUCCCCUCACUGGUUCAAGUCAAGUGGCGCUGUGUGUCGUGCCAGCUCUACGCCAGAGCAUGCAGCAGUGGCGGCGGCGCUGCUGCUGCCAAUACCUACUCACAGCCGCCUCCCUUGACGUGAUCCUUGCCCCACAACCAUCAACCCGUCGCCCCCCACCCACCCCCCUCCGCAACUGUGCAUUAUGCCGAACCACAGGAGGAGGGGCGUUCAAGCCGUGCGUGGACGGGCCACUGCCAGCCGAUGCCGAGAGGCAGGUGGAGGGAGGAGAGCGUGGGGAACGUGGGGAAUGUGUGGGGAGGGCAGAGGAGCAAUUGACGGGGGAGGAGGGGCGUUUCGUAAAAUCAGAGGGGCGUGUGGGAGGAGCAGGGACCAGAGGGGAAGCUGGUGGGGAGCCAGGUGGACACACAAGAAUCAGAAGGCGGGAAGGAGGAAUGCAAGGGCAGGGUGAAAAGAGCAGAGUGGGGCAGGGGAAGGGCAGGCACAGGCACGAGUGGCAAGCAAGGGUUGGUUUGAAGAGAGACGGCAGCAGCUGCCAAGAAGUUGGCAGAGGAAUGAAAGGAGACGGUGAGAUGAAGGCAGUGGGUGCUGCUGGUCCUGUCACGCUGAAAGAGGAGCGCAGUGGGGUGAAGGAGGGAGUUGAGCACAGCGUGCUGCAGAGGGAGCGUGGCAGCGGUGGGAGGGAUGUGGCAGGGGAAGUGAAGGGAACCUGCAGCGCAAGUGGUAGCAGCGGAGGUCGAGGGAAGGGUGAUCCGGGCAGGGGUCAUGAUGACAAGGCCAUGUGUCGACAAGUCCGGGACAUGUGUGAUGAGGGCAACGCGAGGCAUCAAGGGGACAUGGACAUGCCUCUUGCAUCAAGAGACGUACCACUUGUGUCGAAGCGCAUGCCAGCUGCAUCAAAAGACAUGCCAGCAGCGUUGAGGCACCUGCGCUGGGUGCAUGUUACAUGCGCUCUCUUCGACUGCCAUGUGUUCUUCGGCAGUGCUGAGUCGCUCCAACCCAUCAUGGGUGUGGCAGCUGCUGCAAAGAAGAGGGCGGAGCGCAGGCAGCAUUCACUAGCAGCACCAGCAGCAGCAGCAACAGCAGUGGAGUGCUGUACCUGGUGUCGUGAGCCCGACGGUCCUCUCGACCUGCUGCCCUGCGCCUACCCUCUCUGCCCCACCCGAUUUCACGUUCGCUGCGGCCUGCUGCAUGGCUGCUCCGCUAUUGUGCGAGAGACCGACCUGUACCAGCGCCAAGUGAUGGCCUUGUGUGCCGCUCACGCUGCAGCUGUGCAGGGGGGUGAGGAGACAGCAGCCGCUCCCUCAGGUGCUCAUGCCACACAUGGCACUGCCACACGUGGGGCUGCCAUGCAUGAGAACACAGCAGGGGUUGCUGACCAUGUGGCAGCACCGUCUUUAGAUGAAGGCUUUGGUGGGGCUCAGGUGGAGAGGGAGCAGAGGCACGCAGACGGAGAGACGGGUCACGUGGGGGCAGUGAAAGCGGCUGUUGAUGAGGCCCGAAUGCAGCAGCUAGAGGCGGCUCAGCUCACACCAUCAACACCCCUCCACGAGAAUGUCUCUCCUUCCUCCAAUCUCCCCAACGAUGGGGCGAGUGCUGAUGGCACAAGAGACCCAUGGGAGAUGCAGCAGGUGCAGGAGACAGAGGAACACGAUGAGCGGAAGAGGGAGAGUGGUGAGAGGAGAGCAGGAGUGGUCACAGCAGUGUGCGAUGAGAGGAAAAGAAGGAAUGCACGUGUCACAGCGCAGGCAGGUGCUGGUGGUCAUGCGGUUAAGGGUGUGCUGUAUGGGGAGGAAAGGAGGGUUGGGGGUGAGGGGAGAGGGAGGGCAUUGGUGGGAGUUGACGAGGGAGGUGUGGAGGGAGGUGUGGAGGGAGGUGUGGAGGGAGGUGUGGAGGGAGGUGUGGAGGGAGGUGUGGAGGGGGGUGGGAGGCAGAAGAGGUUGCAGGAGGUGAUGUGGGGAGAAGGGGGCGGUGAGGAGGUGGUUGAAAACGGUGGCAAGGUGGUUGGGGAAGGGCGUGUGAAGCGAGGGAGGAGGCAAGUCGAGGAGGAAGAGAAGGAGGGAGAAGAGGAGCAGGAGGAGGGAGAAGAGGAGAGAGAGGAGGAGGAGGAGGAUGAGGAGGAAGAAGAGGAGGAAGAGGAGGAGGAUAGGCGGGGUGGGAGAGACAUUGAUUUUGAAGAGGAGAUAGGGGUGGGUCUGCUGAGCAGGGGUGGGGGAAGGCGAACAGGGGAACGGGAGAAAGAGAGGACGAGCAGGGUUAUGGAGCGAGGGAGAGGCAGGCAGGGGAGAGGAAGAGGCAGGGGAGAUGGAGGGAGGGUCGGUGACUGGUUGGCAGAUGUGCCAUGCAGUGAGGAGGAAGAAUCAGAAGGGGUAAGAUUUGGUGCGAGGGGUAAGGGGAGAGGUGGAAGGGGUGGGCUUAGGGGAAGGGACGUGUGGGAAGUAACAGAGGGGGAUGAGAAGAGGAGUGAGUGUGAGGAGGGGGGGGAGGAGGAGGAGGAGGAGGAGGAGGAGGAGGUGUGUGUGCGAUUUCAAUAUAGUAGUGAGUGUGGGGGCACAGAGGAGGAGGGGCAGGAGGGCAGUGCCAGGGAGAAGGGAAGAUUUGCAUUGGAGGGUAACUGGGUGCAUGUGGUGGUGAAAGGGGAGAAGGCGGAGCGAUUGAGGUUGCAAGAGAUAGUGCAUGUGCGUGUGGUGAGCAGGGAUGGGUUGAAUGCGGUAAACAGUGAGAGUGUGGAAUUUGGGAUGGAGGGUCAGGAGAGAGUGGGAACAGAUGGUGUUAAGUGGGAAGGAGAGGGGGAGCAAGAGGAGGACGAGGAGGAGGAGGAGGAGGAGGAGGAGGAGGAGGAGGAGGAGGAGGAGGAGGAGGAGGAGGAGGAGGAGGAGGGGGAGGAGGAGGAGGAGGAGGAGGAGGAGGAGGAGGAGGAGGAGGAGGAGGAGGAGGAGGAGGAGGAGGAGGAGGAGGAGGAGGAGGAGGAGGAGGAGGAAGUGGUGGGAGGGGAGGAGGAGGAAGGCACACUGGGGGGUUUACGAGAGGAGGGAGUGGGAGGGGUGGCAGAAGGUGAGGAAGGUGAGGAAGAGGAGGAGCAGUGGAAGCAGGAGCUGUGGAGUGAGUUGGACAGGAUGGUGGCGGAAGUUCAGGAUGUGGGUGCGGACCACAUGGGUGGUGACCACAUGGGUGGUGACCACAUGGGUGGUGACCACGUGGGUGGUGACCACAUGGGUGGUGACCACGUGGGUGAUGACCACGUGGGUGGACUUGCAAGGGACAUGCAAGCGCAAGCAAGUGGUAUGGAAGAGACGGAGGGACACGUGGGGAGAGGUGAAGGCAGUGACAGGGAGAGAGCAGACGGCAAGGUGGGAGGUGUGGCAUGGGGCCAUGUGCAUGGCAUGGCAACAGGGGACUCACAUGCGCUGGGUAACACGGACACGCAUGGGGGGUUGCAAGUAGGGUAUGGGGGGCUCGUGGGGCAUGAGGGGUUGAGGGCGGAGGGGGAGGGGGGCGGGGUGGGAGAGGAGGAGCAGUGUGAAGCAGAUGGACGCACGGAGCGAGUUCGAGAGGAUGGAAGGGAGCUGGCUAGGGGGGUAGUGAGUGUGGAUGGGAGUGUGGGAGGUGAGGGUGGAAGCAUGGCAGCUGCAGGCAGGGACACAGAGCCCUCUGCUCCCUGUGACUGGGGCGGAGGUGACGGGGAUAAUCACAAGGCUGUGGGAGAGGAGGGGUGUGGUGCAGGGCAUUCGGGACUGGCGAGUGGCAUGUGGGGGGAUGGGGACCAGGGGCAGGGCUCCUGGGGAGCAGAUGGGGGAGGGGAGGGUGGAGCGGGAGGAGGGGAUGGUGGGGAUGAUGGGGAUGGAGGAGAUGGUGGGGAUGUGGGGGAUGAAGGGUGGUGGAGCCGAAUGUUUCCUGAUUCUCCCUUAGCCCCUCACGAACAGCCUCACUCUCACCAGCAGCCGCCCUGCCUCGAGCUACACGACAGUGGAAUGACUCUUGGCUCAAUCCAUCCUCCUUCGCAGCUACCCCUUGAUGCCCCUCAUGCUCUCUCCCCCCCUGCUCUUCCCGCCGUCCCUUCCCCUCAUGCACAUGCAACCCUGUCCCCUCCUAUAUCCGCUUCCUCUCCCAUGCCUUCUUCCCCUUCCAUACCGCCUCCCCAUUCCGUAACCCUAUUCGCUGCUGCACCCGCUACUACUGCUCCAGCCGCCAUGCCAUUUCCCUCCCAUGCCACGCCAUCUCCCUCCCACACCACCCCAAACCUCCCCCCAUCUCCCUCCCACACCACUCCAAACCUCCCCCCAUCUCCCUCCCACACCACCCCAAACCUCCCCCCAUCUCCCUCCCGCUCAACGCCUCUCAUCGUGCCCUCUCCCUCCCACACAGCCCUGCCAAUUCCUCCAUCCCCUCCCCCAGCGCCUUCCUCCCUCUCUCCCCACGCCCCACACUCACUCAUAGCUGCAGCCCUCCCUCCGCUGCCUCCUGCUCCUCCUCUGAUGCCCCAUGCCCUGCAUCUGCCUACUGCACUUGGUGCAGGAGGGCCAGAGGCAGAGGGGCAAGAUGAGGGACGCGAGGAUUCGGGAGUUGUGGGGUUGCAAAGGGGUGUCGGACAAGGGAUGGGCGAAAGGGAGGGGUCAGAUGCAGGGGAGGUGGGCGGGAGGUGGGGCAAGCGGCAGAGGGUGGAAGUGGGGGGAUCAGCAGCAGAGCCCCUCCAGCCAAAAGUGGAGGGGCAUCGCAGUGGUGGCAUGGUGGGGCAUGGCAGUGGGGGCAUGGUGGGGCAUGGCAGUGGGGGCAUGGUGGGGCAUGGCAGUGGGGGCAUGGUGGGGCAUGGUAGCAGGAAUGCGAGGCUCAACUCGGGUGCAAGUAUGAAGGCAGAUGUAGGCGAGCUUAUGGCGGGGCCAAGGGGCAGCAACAGCUUGCAGCAUUCUAGCAGCAGUGAUGGCAGUGGUAGCAGUGAUAGCAGUGACAGCACCAGCAGCAGCAGUGUCAGCAGCAGUAGUGAAGAGACGAGUAGCACCAGUAGUGGCGACAGUAGCAGCAGCAUGAGUAGCAUGAGUGGGGGCAGGCAAGCCACUAGACUUCCUGGUGGUGAGAGGAGCAGGAUGAGGGAGGAGCAAGGGAAGAAUGCAGGAAGGAUGGUGGUUGGGGAAGGGACCGUGGGAGCAGGAUCAGCGGAAGUGGGAGAGCGAGGGGAGGAAGUGGGGAACAGUAGUGGUGGGAUGAGGGUGGAGAGACGAGGAGGGAGAGAAGGAGAAGGGGCGAGGAGCACAACUGUUUUGCAGAGGAUGAGAGAAGAGAGGGACGAAGGAGGUGGGGGUGGUGUGAGGAGAGCACGCGAGGAGAAGGGAGGGAGGAGUGUGGAAGGGGAGAGGAGUUUUGAAGGGUCCCGAAACUCUGGAGGGGAAAGGAGCUGGGGCAAGGUAGAGGGAGUUAGGAGGGCCGGGGCGAGAGGGGUUGGCAGCAGUGGAAGGGGAAGUGGUGAGGGGAGAGAGUGGAGAGGUAAUGUGCCAGGUGGGGGUAGUAGGGUAAGGGUCCCUGGAAGCAGGUCGAGGGAAGGGGAGGUGCAGAGGGUGAGGGGAGAGGAAGCGAAUGCAGGGCGUGAUGAAGGGUCACUUGGGAAGAGAAGGCGAGAAGAGAGUGCAGAUGGGGGAAAAGGGAGUAGUGGUUGGCGGGAGAGGCGUGGAGACGGGUGGGGGAGGCGUGGAGAUGGGCGGGAGAGGAGUGGAGAUGGGCGAGAGAGGAGUGGAGAUGGGCGGGAGAGGAGUGGAGAUGGGCGGGAGAGGAGUGGAGAUGGGCGGGAGAGGAGUGGAGAUGGGCGGGAGAGGGGUGGAGAUGGAUUACAGAAGGAGAUUGCACAGGGAAGAAAGGAGGGGAAAAUGCAGCAAGGGAUGGGGAAAGGCAUGGGAUAUGAGGGGAAGGGCAUGGAGCAUGUAAAUGGUGGUGAAGAGGCAAAGAUGAGUGAGGAUGAUGUGAGGGCAAGUGGAGCAGAAAGAUUGGAGGUACAGGGAGAUGCGGGUCACAACGAGAAGGAUGAAAGGGGCAGGGGAGCGAGAAGGGAAGAUGAGAAAGGAAGAGAAGUGAGAAGGGGCAAAGACGGAAGGGGGUUGAGAAGGGACGACGAGAGAGAAAGGGGAUUGAGGGGAGACCAGGAGAGGGAAAGGGGAGUGAGAAGGGACGAUGUAGGGAAGGAUUUUCAGGCUGUGGGGACUGCAGGGAAAGAGCGGGAGAGAGAAGGACAGGGUAGAAGUGGAGAAGAGAGGCAAAUGGAUAGGGAUAGGAGAGCUGGUGGAGUGAAGGAUAGAUUCUGGAACAAGAGGAAGCACUCGAAUGAUUGGGACAGGGGCAGGGUGGUUGAGAGGAGGAGAGAGAGCAAAGGGGGAUGGGCAAGAGAGAGGGAUGGGCGGGGUGGAGGAAUGAUGAGGGAGGGGGGAAGUGGGCUGGGGAGAGAUGGAAUGGACAAAGAGAGAGCAGCUGGAAGAAACAUGGUGCGGGAUGAUGAUAGGAUGAGAGGACGAGCAGAUGGGAGGGUGAGGGAACAGGAGGGUAGCAAGGAGUUGAAGAGAGGGAGGGAAGGGAGCAGGGAGAACAAGCAGCGGUUUGACAAUGAUGGGAGGCGAUUGGAUAGGGAGGGUGACUUGGCAAGAGAAAAGGGGAUUACACUCAAAAAGGGGAGGGAGGAUGCAAGGCGUGGAUCGAGCAUCCAGCAGGGUGAGAGGAGCUGGGUGCAUGAAAAGAAGGGCUUUAAUGCUCGUGAUGGGGGUUUGAGUGUGAAGGAGAGGGGGGGCUCGAGCACUGGAGGAGCGGCAGCAGGUGCAACGGACCAGGAGAGUGUGAGGAGGCGUGGCGAGGGCGAGAGGAGUAACAGCUGUGGGAGUGGUGCGGAACGGAAGCUGACGUUCAGACGGCAAGAGGGGGGGGUGCAUGAAAGGAAGACGGAAGAGAGCCAGCAGAGCAAGCAGGAAGGGCGUGUUCACGAGUCGAGAAGAGAAGAAGAGGGGAAGAAGGUGGCAGUGGGUGGGCAGGAGGGUGGUGGAGGUCGUAGAGGGGGUGUGGGGGAGGAGAGCAGCAUGAAGCACCAUGGGUCUAGGAAGGAGCAGCAUGAAUACUCCCAUCAAGUCAAGAACGCUCUUGAGGAGCAUGGCUUUGGCCUGGAGCGCUCCUCAAGGGAUGGCUCUCGGCUGGAGCGCUCCCCAAGGGAUGGCUCUGGCCUGGAGCGCUCCCCAAGGGAUGGCUCUGGCCUGGAGCGCUCCCCAAGGGAUGGCUCUGGCCUGGAGCGCUCCCCAAGGGAUGGCUCUGGCCUGGAGCGCUCCCCAAGGGAUGGCUCUGGCCUGGAGCGCUCCCCAAGGGAUGGCUCUGGCCUGGAGCGCUCCCCAAGGGAUGGCUCUGGCCUGGAGCGCUCCCCAAGGGAUGGCUCUGGCCUGGAGCGCUCCCCAAGGGAUGGCUCUGGCCUGGAGCGCUCCCCAAGGGAUGGCUCUGGCCUGGAGCGCUCCCCAAGGGAUGGCUCUGGCCUGGAGCGCUCCCCAAGGGAUGGCUCUGGCCUGGAGCGCUCCCCAAGGGAUGGCUCUGGCCUGGAGCGCUCCCCAAGGGAUGGCUCUGGCCUGGAGCGCUCCCCAAGGGAUGGCUCUGGCCUGGAGCGCUCCCCAAGCGAUUGCUCUGGCCUGGAGCGCUCCCCAAGGGAUGGCUCUGGCCUGGAGCGCUCCCCAAGGGAUGGCUCUGGCCUGGAGCGCUCCCCAAGGGAUGGCUCUGGCCUGGAGCGCUCCUCAAGGGAUGGCUCUGGCCUGGAGCGCUCCCCAAGGGAUGGCUCUGGCCUGGAGCGCUCCCCAAGGGAUGGCUCUGGCCUGGAGCGCUCCCCAAGGGAUGGCUCUCGCCUGGAGCGCUCCCCAAGGGAUGGCUCUCGCCUGGAGCGCUCCCCAAGGGAUGGCUCUCGCCUGGAGCGCUCCCCAAGGGAUGGCUCUGGCCUGGAGCGCUCCCCAAGGGAUGGCUCUGGCCUGGAGCGCUCCCCAAGGGAUGGCUCUGGCCUGGAGCGCUCCCCAAGGGAUGGCUCUGGCCUGGAGCGCUCCCCAAGGGAUGGCUCUGGCCUGGAGCGCUCCCCAAGGGAUGGCUCUGGCCUGGAGCGCUCCCCAAGGGAUGGCUCUGGCCUGGAGCGCUCCCCAAGGGAUGGCUCUCGCCUGGAGCACUCCCCAAGGGAUGGCUCUCGCCUGGAGCGCUCCCCAAGGGAUGGCUCUCGCCUGGAGCGCUCCCCAAGGGAUGGCUCUGGCCUGGAGCGCUCCCCAAGGGAUGGCUCUGGCCUGGAGCGCUCCCCAAGGGAUGGCUCUGGCAUGGUGUGA